AUGGCCUCGGCGUUGUUGAGGGAUCUGCUGUUCGGAAGAACGUGGAUGGAAAGCGGCAAUUUUCCACGAGUCACGCUGUGUGACUUCGAGGUUCGCGUGCUUGGCAACAAUCAACGGCAUUCGGUACAAUGUGUGUUGGUGAUCAACAUCUUCAACGAGAAGAUCUUCAUCCUCAUAUGGUUGUGGUUCACGCUGCUUUUCGUCGCCUCCACCUUGGACAUGCUCUACUGGUUCAGCAUCUCCAUGUUCCAC